UUUGCGAUCUCACAAGGAAGGGUAGAGAAAUAGAGAGAGAAAAGAGGAAGAGGGGGAGAGAGGAGGAGGGUAAGGAUUAAAAUAAUAAAUACGUCUGAAAAAUUCGAUUAAUUCGGGGGGAAAUUUAGGAGCAAAAUGGCUUGAUUCCGAUGCGAAUUAUAUGCGUAGGAUGGGGAUUUGGAUGUCGAAAUUAUCCGAUCUGUUUUCUUUUGGGGCAAUUUCUCGUGAUUUUGUGAUGAUCUCGCCCAAAUUCGCGAUCUAAUUGUGAUUUUGGAGUCGCCGAUGCUUUUUGCUCUUCGCGGAUCGAUCUGAUCGAGGUGGAGAUCUUUGGAUCCGAGUCUAUCUUGUUGUCUUUGAGAUGGCGAAUUGUUUUUUUUCUGGAAUUUAAUGGGAUUAUCGCGCUGAAUCGGUUCAGAUGUUUGCUCUUCUACGGUUCAGAGUAGUUCUAUUGGAUUGUCUUUGAGGUGAUUUGGGAGAAAAUGGAUAGAAUGAUCUUGAUCCUCAAUCAUUGCUGAGCGCCUUGUAGUCAUUACCAGUAUUUGAGAUAUUAUGUUGCAGAAGAGGUUGGAUUAUGGAUCUUGUGGCCACCAUAUCCCUGCAAUGCCACAUUUUCCAAAAGCAGCUAAGGGUAAACGGUCAAUUAGAAGGAAAUUUGAGGACAAUCAGAUGUGUGCAAUUGAAUUGCUCGCCACAGUUGCAGGAAAGUUGUUAACGGAGGGAGAAAAUUCCUCCAGCCUGGCUGACAUAACUCGAUCAUCUAAUCCUACUGUUGUAAAGGAUUUCGUUAAACAGGAGCAAAUUGAUGAACCAACACCCAUCAAAUCCGAAUUUUUGGAUCAGGAUAAUUGUGAUGAGAGUACAUUGGGUCCAAAAGAAGCAGACCUACCUCCUGAUUCUGGAUUUAAAAAGCCCAAUGUUUUUGAUAAGGAAUCAAUAAUCAAUAGUACCAGAGGUGAAUUUGGAUGUUUACCUGUAAGUGAGUCAGUGGAAUAUAAAGAAGAUCGGUCAAAAUCACCUCUCCAAUCCAGGCUAAAAUCCCCUAAAGGUGAAAUAAUCGAGAAUUGUCCAGAUGUGUAUAGUUUAGUGGACCAAAUGGACUUGGAUGUGAAACCUUCUGCAUUAGUUAGCUCUGGCAGCAUUGCUGAAGCGCCUUUGUACAGAAACCAUUUUCCUUCUUGUAGUUCCUCUCCAAAGUGUAGGGAUGGAACAAAACCUAUUGUAGAUAGAGAUGAUGACGAAAACUUUUCUGGGUGCGCUCGUCCUAGCACCAUAACUAGUAAGGUCUAUAGGCCACAUUGUAUAGGGGAUCGUAGGGUAAGGAAGCUGUUGGCACCAAAGUUUCGCCACAAAGGAGAGCUUUCUAACACUGAAACAAAGCCUGCCUUCCGAAUCAAGAAAAUGUGUUAUACACGACAGAGGACGCAGAGGACUCUGUUUAAGAGGCGGAGAUUGUUUGAUCAUUGUUCCAUCUCGUCGUCUGGUGAAGAGAUCUUUCGUGAAGGUAUAUCUAAUUCACAUUUGAAGGGAAAUCCCAAAAAGGAAGCAAGUGCGUCACAUGCAACCUCACAUGGAGCAAACAGGGCAUCAUCCUCCAGGACAGAUCAAAAGCCAUCAUUCGAAUCAGCAGACUACCAUGUGAAGCUAAGAAUCAAGUCUUUCAGAGUACCGGAGCUCUUCAUUGAGAUUCCUGAAACUGCAACCAUUGGUUCAUUAAAGAGAAAUUUAGUUAUUACUCUAGGUGAAUAUACACAUUUCUUAUUGUCUUGGGUUCUCAAUACCACUGGAACGUCAGCCAUAGUCCCAACUGACAGGUCAUGCAGCUUGCAGUUAAAGGUUCCCUAUUUUAUCUUAUCAACGGUAAUGGAGGCCGUGACUGCUAUACUCAGCGGUGGACUGCAUGUCGGUGUUCUUCUUCAGGGAAAGAAAGUCAGAGAUGAUAACAAAACGCUAAGACAAGCUGGCUUAUCUGACGAUGAUAAGCUAGAGAACUUGGGAUUUACUUUAGAGCCAAAUUCUGCACAAGCUCCACAGCAACUCACGGUAGCUGAAGAUAGGCAUUUACUGGAUGCCUGUGAUGUGACACAACCACUAGCUAGGAUUCCACCUCCAGAUCAUGGGGAGUCUGAUAACACCCUGCGUCCCAUACUAACCUCCAUUACAAACAGCCCCGAGAGUGAUCUCGACUCUGAUCACUCUCCUACUAAUAAUAUGUCAGCUCCAGAUAAAAUAACUGGUAGCUCUCGAGCUAUCGUGGUUGUGCCGCCAAUGAAUGUUGAAGCACUUGCUGUUGUUCCACUGCGGAAACCAAAACGUUCGGAGCUCGCGCAGCGCCGCAUUCGGAGGCCUUUCUCUGUUGCUGAAGUGGAAGCGCUUGUCCAGGCAGUCGAAAAGCUUGGGACUGGAAGGUGGCGUGAUGUGAAACUCAGGGCUUUCGAUGAUGCAAAGCACCGAACUUACGUUGACCUAAAGGACAAGUGGAAGACAUUGGUGCACACGGCGAGGAUCUCCCCUCAACAGAGGAGGGGUGAGCCGGUUCCGCAGGAGCUCCUAGACCGGGUCCUCUCGGCCCACGCCUACUGGACCCAGCAGCAGGCCAAGCUUCAGCCCAAACCACCUGUGCCGAUGGCGGAGUCCGCUCAUGUUGACUUCCCCUUCUUACUCUAAAAACCAGAGCUGGUGACACCUGAAGACAACUGUUGUUUGUAAAACAAGGAGGAAAAGAAAAAAGAAAAAAAAAAAAAAAAGAAAAGAAAAGAAGGAAAAUGAAAAAAGACUGAUCUGUGAAGUGUUUUCUUCUUACCAUUAUUUUCUUUUUUACUUUAUUUUCUAAGCCAGGGUUCUCUCUCUUUUGUGAAUUAUUAAAAAGGGUAGGGCUCCUCUCUUUGGCUCCUGUGUACAUGAUGAUGAUGAUGAUGAUGAUGAUUGUAGAUGAUCUGGGGUAACCUUGUUAAUUUAGACUUCGGUCUCGCUAAUAGGAGUCACCUAACUCUUUCACAUUUAUCAAAUGUUGAUUAAGAAAAAGGAAAAAAUAAAAAAUUUCUUGCGUCACUUUAA